UACCUCUCUCUAUCUUUCUGGUCUUGUCAAAAAGAAACGUCAAUCGAGAUAUUGUAGUCAUGCUUGAAUAAAUCGGCACCGACUCUCCAUGCUCCCGAAUCCAUUUAAUCCAAUGGCCCAUGGAUUUUAAACUUCUUUGACGUGUGUGUGUAGUUGUGUUAUGAAAAGGUUCAACAUUUAAUUGUGUUGUUUUGGAUUCGUACGAUACAUGUGCUUUGUUGUAUAAGGAAAUCCCAGAACUGUUAGUGAUUUCUUGACGGAAUAUCUACAUUUAUUCUUGUUUCUGUUUAUUUGGAUCCUAUAUUUUACUUAUUAAAUUGUGCUGAUAUUUCAACAUCCUGUAUCACUUUUACGGGCUACACGAUGACGUGUCGUCGAAGUCUCGUCCAGAUCUCGUUGUUGGCGUUAUCUUUGGUCAGUGUUGCACAAGGGCUGAGCGAGGGAGAUCCUAAUGUGUGCGACAAAACAGUGUCACGAAGUGACGUCAUCACGAAGCCAUAUAAUAAGCCCUUUGAGCGCUGUACUAGGACCUGGUGUCCCAAUGUACUCGAAUUAUUUCGUUGUACUAAGUGCUACACCCUGUAUAAGACCGGAUACAAACAGGAGACACAAACUCUGUACCGGAAGGAGUUUCAUUGUUGCCCUGGUUACAACCUCGUGAACGAUCAAUGCAUUUCUUUUUGUACUUCCGGCUGCGUCAAUGGAGUUUGCACAGGACCGGAUACGUGUGUCUGUGACGAGGGAUGGCGGGGAAAAGACUGUAGUUCUAACUGUCCGCCGGACACCUGGGGUCCGAAUUGCCAGAAACAAUGUGACUGUAGCGGUCAUGGACAGUGUGAUCCCGACUCAGGGCACUGCAUCUGCGCAGCAGGUUACACAGGAGAGCGUUGUCAGACUAAAUGCCCGGAAGGAUCCUAUGGACCUAACUGUCAGCUGUUGUGUCAGUGCAAGAACGGCGCUACAUGUAGUGUGACUAACGGCGCAUGCUACUGUCCGCCCGGAUAUCAUGGGGCACUUUGCGAAAAUCGCUGUCAGACCGGGUCAACGGAAGUCCACUGUAAUUCUAAUUGUAAAUGUCAGAAUGGGGCCGGAUGUAACACGGAGACCGGAAAGUGUUCCUGCAAGCCCGGUUGGAAGGGUGAGAUUUGUACCCAGCCAUGUGACGAGGGAACCUUUGGAGCAAAUUGUGAUUCAACCUGUAGUUGCUAUAACAACGCGACCUGUGACCCCAAGGUUGGCACGUGUGUCUGUUCAGCAGGGUACAUCGGCGAAAAAUGCACGGAAGAGUGCCCCGUCGGAUUUUACGGAGAGUUCUGCUCUAAAGAAUGCAACUGUGAGAACGGUGGUACUUGUGAUCACGUGACGGGCACCUGCCGCUGUGUACCGGGGUUUGUUGGACCCACCUGCGCCAUACGAGCCUGUGAUGACUGGAAGUACGGAGAUAACUGUAACAUCCCGUGUCAGUGUAAUACCACAUAUGCAGACAGCUGUCAUCCGGGUACUGGAGAGUGUGUCUGUAGCCCUGGUUACAGCGGAGUCACGUGCAGCGAACCGUGUCCGGCGCCAAAUUACGGAGACAAAUGCGAGAAACAGUGCGACUGCUUGAACGGCGCUCUUUGUCAUCACGUGACCGGGGAAUGUCAAUGUGAGGAGGGAUACACAGGUCAAAGAUGUAAUCAGACGUGCCCUCACGGUUGGUUUGGCAGAGACUGCUCUCAGAUGUGUACCUGCCAAAAUGGCGGCGUCUGCCAUUUUCAAAAUGGCUACUGUGACUGUGCACCAGGAUUUAUCGGUCUGCAUUGUGAAAAACCCUGUAGCGUUGGUUACUAUGGUUACAACUGCACCCAGAAAUGUGAUUGUCUGAAUGAUGGGUACUGUAACCCAAGAAACGGCGAGUGUCUGUGUCGUCCGGGUUAUGAAGGCCCGAAGUGUGAAACCCAGUGCAAGAGAUGGACCUUUGGUAAAAAGUGUGGCCAGAGAUGUGAGUGUGACCCAGAGCACAGCUACGCUUGUGGGGGAGAGAACGGGGAGUGUUUCUGUGACCCCACGUGGUUUGGUGUGAAUUGUAAGAGCAAAUGCAAGGACGGUAGCUGGGGAGACAAUUGUGAUAAAAAAUGCACGUGUUACAACAGAGGGUCAUGUGACCAGGAUACCGGAACUUGUAUUUGUAGGCCCGGAUAUCAAGGAAGCGAUUGUUCAAAAGCAUGUAACGAGGGUUACUUUGGAAACAGCUGUCGAUUCCAGUGUACAUGUGCGACAAAUCAGACAUGUGACCACGUGACUGGCCAGUGUAUUUCACCCACGUGUCCAGCUGGGUUCACGGGACCCACGUGUCAACAUCCCUGUCCCAUGGAUCGCUAUGGAGUGCGUUGUAACGAGACAUGCCCAUUGUGUAAAAACCUCGGUGUCUGUCAUCCCAAAAAUGGCUCCUGUAUUUGUUCCCCGGGAUUCUUUGGUCCUCUAUGUGACAAAAUUUGUCCCGACGGUUACUAUGGAUACAAAUGUAGUGCCAAGUGUUCCUGUGAAAAUGGCGCCAACUGUAGUAAAUCUGACGGAAGAUGUGAUUGUCCCCCAGGUUAUAUUGGAGCCAGCUGUUCUCAGAGUUGUCCUGAGGGUUAUUACGGAAAGCACUGCAAUAUGACCUGUUCCUGUGACGUCACACAAUUCUGUCACCCAUCCUUCGGCUGUAUCAAUCAACCAAACAUCGCCAAGGUAGUGAAUAACGUAGAAGAGGCGUCUGCCAGCGGUCUAAUUACCGGAAUCAUUCUAGCCGUCAUUGCUCUGACACUUAUAAUCGUCAUCAUGGUCAUCUAUUACAAGCGUCGAGUCGGGCGUCUAAAGUCUGAGAACCGCGCAGUGAUGCAUUACAUACAAUCCACUGAAGGAACCGACGCAGACGGCAAUUUACCAGUUGUUGGAAUCACAAACCCAGUAUAUACAUCAGACAAUCAGAAUGUUUCUAAUAUUGAGCGGGAAAUACAUCGCCAGCAGCAACAGAGCAACUACCAACGCGCAACUUCCUGUAACCAGAACGAGGUUGCAUGUAGUAGCCCUAUCAAUGACCUAACGGUUGCUAAAAACGUGAGUCUGCCGGUAAAUGGAGCAUGUGCAUCAGGAUCUUUGUAUGAUGACGACAACGACUCAGACAGAUAUACAACGCUGAAAGAUAUCCAAGCUAAACUUGACGAAAUCAAUAUAACAGAAAACGCGGCCUGUGCCAAAUUGGAUGCCAAACAUGGAAAUAUGUACAACAAUCUUAAGGUCAACUUAGAUGACCUUGAAGCCCCCAAAAGACAAAAUAUACCUGACUAUGACAACGUAUCAAUAGAAUCUGGACAAUUGAUUUCAUCUUCCGACAAAGAGCAUAUAAUACCACCAAGAAAUACGAACUAUGACAGUGUUAAACCCCAUUCUUCUUUUAACAUCAGUGAUCCGUUCCGAACAGGAGACAAUAUUCCACCUCAAACGGAAACAAUGCAAAAUGUCAUUCAAUCAGAACUCGACGACAUUGCAGAAACAAACAAUGACGUAGCUGACAUUACGUCAUCAUCAUGCGCAGUCGAAAAUAAACUCUCAGAGAAUGACGUCACAAAUUUGUUAGAUGAAAUUGCGGAUUUGCCAUGAUUAUGACUUCAUUUUGGUUUUGUUUAAUUAUCUGUUUUUUGUUUUUUGGGGUUUUUUGUUUUGCUGCUCUUGAUAAUAAUAUUACUAGCUACUGACACGACAGAAUGUGUGGUUAUAAUAAGGAGCGCAAAAUUGUUUUAUUAUGUGUAACAGUGCUUUUUAUUCGUUUUGAAUGUAUAGUGUUUGCUAUGUAAUGUAUUAUCGUUUUUAAAUUAUGCAGGUUCAAUGAUUUUAUCAUUUUCUAUGGCUGUAAAUCUCUCAAUACUAUUGAAAACAUUUUAUACAAUUAUAGCACUUUAUACAGUCAAGUAGCUGUGCAAGGCUUAUGUUUGUUGAUUUUCAUGAAGCAGGUUAUGUUUAUUAUAUUACGAUUAUGUCUGUUUUUACAGACAUUAUUAUUUUUAGUUUGAAAAUUUGCAGUGGAGAAAACAGUUUAAAUUAAACCCCUUUUCAUCUGUUGCAUGUAUGUUUAAUUUGGUAUUGUUGAUAGUUUUCCAUUCGUCUAAUUAUUCAUCGGUUAAUAGAUGACCAUGUUUUAUGUGAACCUUUCAGUCAUAUUUUGUUGAUACCGAACCACGUACCUUUGAUGUUUAAUUUAUUUGUAAUUUUGAUUAACCAAUAUAUGAAUUAUAUUUCAUAAUUCAGAAAAUAUAGCUGUAUAUAUUUUCACUAAAAUCACAAGUUUACUUUAAUACUUACAUGCCUAAAUAAGUUAUCAUGUCUCAAUUAUGGAGAGCAUAAUAUCACCUGUCACUUGUGCUAGAAGAAAACAAAAUACCAGUUUUAACCCCAUUGUGUUCUUGAAUCCAUAGUGUACAAAUUAAACUUAAAUUCAGAACUUCAGGUUCUCCAACAUUAAGGAUAUAGAGAGGAACGCCCGAAGCUUCAGCCUAUUUUGAUAUUGACAUUUUUAACCUUUUUUCGAGUACGAAAAAAUCAGAAAUGUGUGUAUAUGUAUUUCUUUUGGCAUAUCAUUAUCACUAAUCGUUAUCAUUCAUUUGUUAAUUUUGCAAUAAAUUCAUUACUCUG